GCAGAGCGCGGGAGGAGGCGGGGGAGGAGAGGCCCCCGGGACCGCGAGCAGCAGCUGGGGAGGGGGCCGCGGAGCCCUAGCGCGAGCAAAACAGCUGAUCUGGUUUUCCUUUAAAGCAAGAGAAAAUGGAAGUCGGGUAGAGGCGACUGCGGCGCUGCAGGCUGGCCGAGCGGAGCAGCGCGGCGCGGCAGGUAUACCUUGCUGGGAUUUUGAUACGAAAUUGAAGAAAAUUGACAUCAUUACUUAGUUGAGUCUUCCAAUCCAUGAACACAGAAUCCCAUGAAUGCAUGCUAACACUCUGGCCUGGAGAUAAGCACCUGUGGCAUCAGGGUGGGCGAUCCAGACACCAGAGCUGCCUCUUGUGAACAGCACCCUGCUCCACAACAGUAUGUACCUUGCAUGUGGAUCAUGGUAUUCUGCAACUAGAAUAUGUUCUCAUUAGAGCUCUCAGGCUGUGCUCUCAUGCCUUCCUCUGCAGCAAUGAUGGACCACUGUCAGCAGGGACGAUGCAGAGCUAACCUAAAUGCCUGACUGCCACUCACCUCCAGAGAAUCCAGGUGUCUGAAAAGUGGCACUGACAAAAGAAGAGACUCUCCAGGCCGAGGCUCUGGUACAUGGAGAGAAGGAAGAAGGAAAUUUCCUAAUUGGUACCAUAUACAUCAGAUGGAUGGUUUCUAGCCUGCUUCCAAACCCCACCUCGGCUGAGUGUUGGGCAGCACUUCUACAUGAUCCUAUGACGCUUGAUAUGGACGCAGUCCUGUCAGACUUUGUUCGGUCCACGGGGGCAGAACCUGGUCUGGCCAGAGACCUGCUGGAAGGCAAAAACUGGGACCUGACAGCUGCUUUAAGCGACUAUGAGCAACUCCGACAGGUGCACACAGCCAACCUGCCACAUGUGUUCAAUGAAGGGAGGUGCCCCAAGCAGCCUGAGCGAGAGCUGCCCCAGCCUGGGCACAAGGUGGAGCGACCCUGCCUGCAAAGGCAGGACGACAUUGCCCAAGAGAAGAGACUUUCCCGGGGGAUUUCUCACGCCAGCUCAGCCAUUGUCUCUUUGGCCCGGUCCCAUGUGGCAAAUGAAUGCAACAAUGAGCAGUUCCCCCUGGAGAUGCCAAUCUACACAUUCCAGUUGCCAGAUCUGAGUGUGUAUAGUGAGGACUUCAGGAGCUUCAUCGAGCGGGACUUGAUCGAGCAGGCAACAAUGGUAGCUUUGGAGCAGGCAGGUCGCCUGAACUGGUGGUCCACCGUGUGCACGAGCUGUAAACGGCUUCUUCCUUUGGCCACGACAGGGGAUGGGAACUGCCUUUUACAUGCCGCCUCACUGGGAAUGUGGGGGUUUCAUGAUCGGGACCUGGUUUUGCGAAAAGCUCUCUACACCAUGAUGAGGACAGGUGCUGAGCGGGAAGCCCUGAAGCGGAGGUGGAGGUGGCAGCAGACACAGCAGAACAAGGAGUCAGGGCUGGUGUACACAGAGGAGGAGUGGGAGCGAGAGUGGACAGAGCUGCUGAAGUUGGCCUCCAGUGAGCCACGCACGCACUUCAGCAAGAACGGUGGCACAGGUGGAGGUGUGGACAACUCUGAGGACCCUGUAUAUGAGAGCCUGGAGGAGUUCCACGUUUUUGUCUUAGCCCACAUACUAAGAAGACCGAUCGUCGUCGUGGCAGAUACAAUGCUGAGAGACUCAGGAGGAGAGGCCUUUGCACCCAUCCCAUUCGGAGGAAUUUACCUGCCUUUGGAGGUCCCUCCCAACAGAUGUCACUGCUCACCUCUGGUUUUAGCAUACGAUCAAGCGCAUUUCUCAGCCCUCGUGUCCAUGGAGCAGAGAGACCAGCAAAGAGAACAAGCUGUGAUCCCCCUGACAGAUUCUGAGCACAAGCUCCUGCCCCUGCACUUCGCAGUGGACCCAGGAAAGGACUGGGAAUGGGGGAAAGACGACAAUGAUAACGCUCGGCUAGCCCACCUCAUCCUGUCGCUAGAAGCCAAGCUGAACCUUCUGCACAGCUACAUGAAUGUGACAUGGAUCCGGAUCCCCUCAGAGACCCGGGCUCCCCUGGCACAGCCGGAGUCCCCAACGGCAUCAGCUGGGGAAGACGUGCAGUCCUUGGCAGAUUCCCUUGACUCAGAUCGCGACUCUGUGUGCAGCAAUUCAAACAGCAAUAAUGGCAAGAACGGCAAGGAUAAAGACAAGGAGAAGCAGCGCAAAGAGAAGGACAAGACCCGCGCGGACUCCGUGGCCAACAAGUUGGGCAGCUUCAGCAAGACGCUGGGCAUCAAGCUGAAGAAAAACAUGGGUGGCCUGGGAGGCCUAGUGCACGGCAAGAUGGGCCGUGCCAACUCCGCCAAUGGCAAGAAUGGCGACACGGCUGAGCGCACCAAGGAAAAGAAGGCCAAAUCUCGCAAGGGCAGUAAAGAGGAAUCCGGUGCAUCAGCGAGCACAUCGCCGUCGGAGAAGACCACACCGUCACCCACGGACAAAGCGUCCGGCUCUUCGCCCGCUGAAAAGGGAGGUGGGCCAAGGGGCGACGCCUGGAAGUAUAGCACGGACGUUAAGCUGAGCCUCAACAUUCUGCGCGCUGCCAUGCAGGGCGAGCGCAAGUUUAUCUUCGCUGGCCUACUGCUCACCAGCCACCGGCACCAGUUCCACGAGGAGAUGAUUGGCUACUACCUGACCAGCGCCCAGGAGCGUUUCAGCGCCGAGCAGGAGCAGAGGCGCCGCGAUGCCGCCUCCACCGCCGCCGCCGCUGCCACCUCCACAACCAAACGGCCGCCGCGCAGGCCAGAGGCCGAGGGCACUCCGGGAACUGAGCGUGCCUCUCCAGGCCCCUCGGCCGGGCAGCCCACGCAGCUGGUGCUUAAGCUCAAAGAGCGCCCAAGUCCGGGGUCCGCGGCGGGCUCGCGCGCAGCGCGGGUGGCAGCGGGAGGUGCGGCCUCUCCUAGCAGCGGCGGCGCCCGGCGUUCAGGCGCCAGCGCACAGACCCCCGGGCGCAGCCCACCGGCGCCAGCGCGCCAGAGCAUCAUCCAUGUGCAGGCGGCAGGCGCCCGGGAAGAGGCGUGCGUGCCGACCGUAGGCGUGCUGCGACCGUGCGCCACGUACCCGCAGCAGAACCGCUCGCUGUCUUCGCAGAGCUAUAGCCCUGCGAGGGCCGCUGCCCUGCGUACGGUCAAUACAGUUGAAUCGCUGGCGCGCGCUGUGCCGGGCACCCUCCCGGGCGUCGCGGGAGCCACGGCGGCGACCGAGCACAAGUCGCAGACCUAUACUAACGGCUUUGGCGCCGCACGCGACGGCCUGGAGUUUGCCGACGCAGACGCGCCAACCACGCGCUCAAGCUCGAACGGUGAGUGCGGUCGCGGCGGCCCCGGGCCGGUGCAGCGGCGCUGCCAGCGCGAGAACUGCGCAUUUUAUGGGCGUGCCGAGACAGAGCACUACUGCUCAUACUGCUACCGCGAGGAGCUGCGGCGGCGGCGCGAAGCGCGCGGGGCACGGCCCUGAGCGCAUGGCGCACGGGCGGCGAGGUUUCCCCCGAAAGGAUUUCUUUUCCAUUCUGUCGGUGUCUUUUUUACAUGCUCUGGUCAACCGAAAGGCCGGCGCCUCCUCUGUCAGUGCCGUGUACGUGUUUGGUCAAACGUUCCUAAUGGUGCCUGAACCUACACUGACGCCACUCAGGUAGUAGACGGAUAGGAAACAAGUCAUACUGUUGGAAGUGGGUGUGCUAGCCUAGCAUCUGCCUCGUACCUGUGGAAACUCAAUAGCCAUUGCAAGAGUAUUUUUGUUCCUCUAUAAGAGAAAUAAAGAAAUUCGCAGCCCUUUGUUUUUAGAAGGGAGUGUUUUACAUGCUUUUUUUCCCUUUCAUCUUUUUCCUAAUCUAGCGACUGACCUCUUCCAGGUAGCGGUCACUUGCGUGCCGUUGGUAGCCCCCAGGGUUUAGAAGCAAAUGCGCUGUCCCGGAAUGGGGUGGAGGCUCCUCUGCGGCUCCCACCUGCUUUCCAUCCCACCCAGAUUCUUGGAGAGAGCAGGUGCCUUUCCACCUGCUAACGCUGUAGUGGUCACUGUUGGCCCUUUAGGAAUACACGGCUCCAUUUCAUAAGCAAAACCUCCUCCCACAACCCUCGUCUCGAGCUACAUUCACACUGCCAUCCAAGCCGCGGGGGACUGUAGAGUGGGCACCAGAAAACCUACCUCGCAGGGCAUGGUGAGGUGUAGUUAUCUAUCCUGGUGCCGGGCAGCUCAGGUGACGGGAGCUUUCCAAAGACACCUUGGGUUCAAAAAACAAGGUUCUGAACUCACAAGUUGAAUUAGCCUACAUGAGAGCAAACAUGGCAGCCUGCUCACAUUUCUCCUUGGAAGACACUUCCACAGUGGACUGUCACUGGAGGGCCCCAUAUAAGGUGAUAGCAUUUCUGUGCCCCAGAAGAGAGACAAAUAAUUGACCCCUUUGGUUACUGUGUAAGCCCUCACUAGGCUGCUUUGAAACCCGGCUUGGCCCUCUUUCCAAAGGGAAGGGGCUGAAGGAUGCCGGGAAGGAAGGAAACCCACCCCGCACCUCACUCGCAUCUGUCUGGUUCAUCCAGGUAUUUGGGGCUCACUGUGACUGGGGCCCAUCCACAGGGCAGGAAUGGCCCUGCCUCUGGCUUCCUAACACAUUGAGGGAAGAGCCCGAUAUCCGAGCCGUCUUUUUUGGUGCCUCCUACAUUUCUUGAGGAAAUUAAAAAAAAAAAAAAAAAAAAAAAUGUGUCCUUAGCUACCCUGUUCUGAGCAGCAAUAUG